AUGGCCAAAUCGCGAUUCGAGUACGUUAGGCAAUUUGAGAAAUCUGAUAUCCUGUUACCAGAAUGUUAUAUAGUGGUUAGAAUUGACGGUAAGAAAUUCCAUGAAUUCUCCAAACACUAUGAGUUCGAGAAACCAAACGAUAUGAGAGCAUUGAAAUUAAUGAAUGCGGCAGCCAAGAAUGUGGUUUUAAAUUAUAAGAAUGAAAUCAUUCUAGCAUAUGGUGAAAGUGAUGAAUAUUCUUUCAUUUUGAAGAAGGAAACUACUUUGUACAAUAGGCGACAAGAGAAAAUUGCAUCGUUAUUUGUCUCUUUAUUCACUUCCAAUUACGUCGCCCUUUGGCCCAAAUUUUUUGAUAGAGAUUUAGACUGGAAACAUCUGCCGUUUUUUGACUCGAGAUGUGUUCUGUACCCGAAUUUGCAAACAGUGAAGGAUUAUUUAAGUUGGAGAUUCGUUGAUACACACAUCAACAACUUGUAUAAUACAGUGUUUUGGAAGUUGAUUCAAGUUUGUGAAAUGAGCCCAAGAGAAGCGGAGAACUUCUUAAGUGGGACUGUGAGUAGCGAGAAGCAAGAGAUCUUAUGGCAAAGGUGCAGCAUCAACUACAACAAUGAACCCGAAAUUUUUAAAAAGGGCACCAUGGUGAGCCGCAAGGGAGAAUUCCUUCACGUAGAUAUCAUGAAAGUGAUUGACGAAAUAUUCGAUGGUUAUUAG